AUAUUUCGUAUUAUUCACUAUUGCAGUUGUGUAUCACUGACACGAAAUAGAAUUUCUUAUUUUUUAUUUAUUUAAUUUUAAUGUUCAAAAACAUAUAUAAAUCGCAAUAAAAUCAAAAUUUAUUUUCUUAUUUUUUUUUAAAAACAAUUAUUUUUAUAUUAAAUAUUUAAUAUAUUAAAAUUUUAUCUUACAUUCGCGAUCAAUUGCCACGUAUACAAGUGCAUUCAUAAAUAUAUAUAUAUUUACGAAGUCAAAGAUAUAAUAUAGUUAUGUCAAACGAAACUCCAAAUAAACGUAUGAUGACGACUUGUAGCAAUGUAUCAGAGCAAGCACAUCAUGUAUCAAGAGCAAAACGUGGACAAGCAAUAGGCAGUAUAAGAGGUUUUCGAGGAUGUACAGUUUGGUUAACAGGCCUUUCUGGUGCAGGAAAAACUUCCAUAGCUUUUCAAGUUGAAGCUAUUUUAGUUAAUCAUGGAAUUGCUGCUUAUGGACUUGAUGGAGAUAAUGUAAGAAGUGGUUUAAACUGCAAUCUUGGUUUUAGCAAAGAAGAUAGAAAAGAAAAUAUAAGAAGAGUUGCAGAAGUAGCAAAAUUAUUUGCCGAUAGUGGUCAAAUUUGUUUAUGUAGUUUUGUAUCACCAUUUGAAGAAGAUAGACAAAUGGCAAGACAAAUUCAUAAAAUGUCGGAUCUUCCAUUUUUUGAAAUUUUUGUUGAUACACCUCUUAAUGUGUGUGAAGCUAGGGAUACGAAAGGAUUAUAUAAAAAAGCACGUGAAGGCACAAUCAAAGGUUUUACUGGAAUAGAUCAGAUGUAUGAAAGACCAACAAAUCCUGAUUUAGUGGUAAUCACUGAAAACUGUACUCCAGAAGAAUCAGCUGCAACUGUUAUUGAUCUUCUGGAGAAACAUUGUAUUAUACCAAUACUUCAAAAACCUUCUAUACCAAUACGGGAGUUGUUCAUUCCAGAAUCACGAAUAUCUUCUGCCAAAACAGAAGCAGCUACUCUUCAGAGUUUAGAAAUUAGUGAAAUAGAUGUACAAUGGCUCCAAGUUUUAGCAGAAGGUUGGGCAGCACCUCUUACCGGUUUUAUGAGAGAACAUCAAUAUCUUCAGACUCAACAUUUAAAAUGUCUUCUUGAAGAUGAUAAAGAAAUUAACCAAUCAAUUCCCAUAGUCCUUGCUGUACAUGCAGAGGAUAAGCAACGUUUGAAUGGGCUUUCAGCUUUUACAUUGAAAUAUAAAUAUAAACCUCUUGCAAUAUUACGUAGGCCUGAAUUUUAUUUUCACAGAAAAGAAGAAAGAUGUGGUUGGCAAUUUGGUACUAACAAUUUAGGACAUCCAUAUGUAAAAAUAAUUCAUGAAUCUGGCGAUUGGUUAGUAGGUGGUGAUGUAGAAGUUAUUCAAAGGAUUAGAUGGCAUGAUGGUCUAGAUAAAUAUAGACUUACUCCAAAUGAAAUUAGAGCAAAAUGUAGAAAAAUGAAAGCUGAUGCUGUAUUUGCAUUUCAACUUAGAAAUCCUAUACAUAAUGGUCAUGCAUUAUUAAUGCAAGAUACAAAAAAACGCUUAUUAGAAGAUAGAGGAUUUAAAAAUCCUGUUUUAUUGUUACAUCCUCUGGGUGGUUGGACAAAAGAUGAUGAUGUACCAUUACAUACAAGAAUUCUACAACAUGAAGCUGUACUUAAUGAAGGAGUAUUGGAUGCUAGUUCUACAUUAUUAGCAAUUUUUCCAAGUCCAAUGAUGUAUGCAGGACCAAUUGAGGUACAAUGGCACGCAAAGGCCAGAAUGAAUGCUGGUGCUAACUUUUAUAUUGUUGGAAGAGAUCCUGCUGGUAUACCACAUCCUAAUAAAAAUGCAACACCAGAUGGAAAUCUUUAUGAUCCUACUCAUGGAGCCAGAGUUCUCUCAAUAGCUCGAGGUUUACAAUCACUAGAAAUCAUACCAUUUAAAGUUGCAGCAUAUGAUAAAAAAUAUAAAAAAAUGUCUUUCUUUGAUGAGAAACGAAAAGAAGAUUUUGAAUUUAUAUCAGGGACAAAAAUGCGUUGUUUAGCAAAAGCAGGUAAAAAUCCACCUGAUGGCUUUAUGUCAUCCAAAGCGUGGAUUGUUCUUGCACAAUAUUAUCAAAAUUUAGAGAAAUAAAAAUUUAUCAUGAAACAUGUUAAAAAUUAUUGCAAACACUUAAAAGAAAAGUGUUUAUCUUG